AUGGACCAUAAUACGAUGGCCUCCGACGCGUCCAGAAGAUGGCUUAAUGGCUCGGGCAUCUGGAGUUGUCGCAUCAAGCUGCCACAGCAAGACCUCGCCGUGCCCACCUCUGAUCAUCAACACCACCGGCUAUCCUCACCUCAGAUGGCGCCCAGCAGCUCAGCCAUGGACGUCGCUCUCGAGAGUGGUUCCCCAGGCUCCCGGCGCAACAAGGGCAAGAUCGCUGAGGCAUUCCAGUCCAUGUCGAACCUGAAUGCGAGCAUGGAGACUCUCCAUCUGCCCACUGACCCUGACGCCCAGGCGACCGUCACCGACUUCCUCGAUUUCACAGAGUACCUCCCCGCCGACAUGAUCCGCUCCCUGACCCUCAUCCGCAACCUCGAUCAGACGUACAUCGAUGCCUCUGGCAGUGUCCACAAACUCACCAAGACGUAUGGAAACCUUCCGAAUCUAUCGCCGGGCAAGAAGCCAGAUGCUGUCAAGCUCCGCGCGGAGAUCUCUGAGAAUCUGGAGCAGGCUGUCAGUGCCCGUACCUUGGCACAUGCGGAGGCCACUCGCAUGGCUGAGAAUGUCGACCGUCACUACAACCGGGCGCAGAACAUAUUGGCAAAGCUGCAGAAGAUGGCGGAGAACUAUCCCCCCUCCAGAGAAGCAAGUCCAGUGCCACAGGAGGCGAAACCUACAACCAUGAAACCGAAGAUAGUAUUGAGAGUAGAUGGCUCUGGUAAUCAGGCGCCAGCACGUAAUCGCAAGCACCGUGCUCCUCGUAUCACAGUGCCGGGAGAAGUUCUUGCGCCUUAUGAGCUUGAUUACGAGUCCUAUGGAUCAGAGUCGGAUGCGAGCGCUUCUGAGGUGGAUGAGGCGAUCACGCCACGAGGCAUUACACCUGCAGAGCCUGCGGCAACAGUUCCUAAGAUCAAGCUGAAAGUUUCCAAAAAGAAGGAGAGUUCCAAUACCAAUCACGUAAAUGAUGCCAACAAGCCACCACGCCCGUCCCGACCUCCUGGGCAUAUGGGCACAAAUGUACACAGUGCGGUUGCAGGCAUCUCGACAAGCAAUGCUCUAGCAAAGCUUCAGCCACCUCCUCCGCAUGCAGUGAGGGGGGACGAGCACUUGCCUUGGUUGCAGCUGAAUGCUUGGGAGCUGGCUAUCCUGAGAAAGAGAAUGAAGAAGAAUGCUAUAUGGGCUCCAAGCGAUACCAUGAUCUUCCGUGAGCUGAAGGAACGCGGACGUGGUAUUGAGGCAUAUCUAGCGCUUAAAGCAGAGGCCGCAGAAGCUGGGGUGCCGUUCACGGAACCUGAGCCACCGCAGCUUAGAGGAGAGACGGUCCAUGCCGAGGGAGCAAUCAGCGUUGAGGCCCUGAAGGGAUCAAAACACCUGAUGGCUAAUCGUGGUAUGAAGUUGAAUGAGGCCAAGAAGUUGAAAAGAGACAAUGCUAAGGAGAUGGCUAAGCAAGCCGCUGAUGAAGCCGAGGAGUCUGCUCGCAAGGUAGUUCAAGCUGCUCACCUCAUGAGUACUCUUUUCGGACAAAGCCCUGAUAAUAAGUCCACGGCAAAGACACCAAAUAAAAGUAAAACGCCGGCACGAAAGAGGAAAAGGGAGCCCUCCGUGACAGGGCUCGAGAGCGAUAAAAUGGGCGAAGGAGAUGCAGCCGCUAGAUCAGUAAGGCCCGGGCCCAAGAGAUCCAAGACGGAGACGCCAAUUCCUGUCCCUCAAGGAAUUCCGACGAAGCAAGUCUCGCCCAUAUUACCUCCAGAGAGUGCAGCAUCGGUCACGUCUGAGGUUGCUGCCCUUCAAAUGCCGAAGACAGAGGUGCCUGCAGAUCCAACGCUUCUGCCCCGUCCCGUCGUGUCCCACAAGAAGUCCUCAACGCCAAUAUUGCCACCAGUCAAAGAGCCAAAGAAGGUUGUCAAGAAGGAGAUUAAACCCACCGAGCUCUCUAUCAACACUCGACCUCGACGAACCUCGGCGUCUGGUACGACGAUAGCCUCUACGGAUGCCCCGGAUCCACUUACCCUGAAGCUGCCAACAUCAUCUCGCAGCACGGCCGCCAGUAUCGAGCCAGCUCCACUAACGGGAUCCUCAACGAGUGAACGACCUCGUCGCACCAGCACCGCCCGCAACACGCCAGCUCCUGAGCCUCGCCAAGCCAGCAAAGGCUCCAAGCGACCCGCUCCUGGAGUCGUCACUACCAGCUGUGAAGGCUCUGCCUCGGUGAGCGUGAAUAAGCGUAAGGGCGCAACGCGCAAGAAGGCCCACACCAAAAAGGGAAAGAAAGACGGACGCGAGGGAAGCGCUGUUCAGGAGACGCUCGAGGAGGUUGAUGACGAGGGUAACAUUAUCGAUCCCAACGAGCCGCGCUACUGUCUCUGCAACCGUGUUAGUUUUGGGACGAUGGUUGCGUGUGAGAACAAGGGUUACGCUGAAGAUUGGGGAGAAGGGGGAGGUUACUUCUAG